UGAUAAGAGGAGCUCCCGUGAUUGGACUUCACCCUUGCCUGAAAGACGUCACCAAACUAACCCGUUUCCGCCUGGAGAGCGACGCAGCUCGGUAUUGCUUUCGAAUUUGAAUCCUCGUUGCUACCAUUCGCUACUCUUAUCGGCCGUGUCUGUCCAGGCCUGCGGGACCUGCGGGACCUGCGAGGCAAGCGAGGACCCUAUCCUGAUCGUCUCUGAUAGAUGGUAUCUAAGUUACACCCAAUCCUACAUAUACGACAUGUCAUGGGUCACAUGUGCGGCCAGGCGCAGGUUUAAGUCUGACUUGCAUGCCAAAGAUGAUGGCAAACCACCGGGUGGGCGUGGGAUUUAUAUAUCUCCAAUGGAACCCACUGCUCCGUCGUCCAUGUCCAAGGAACCUCACCCAUCCGCUCAGACUGACCGGAAGUGGCCAUGAAGAAACCAUCCGGUGCCGCCCUCAAGCGGCGAUGCACAUCGGUUCACGCCUGGGAGAUUCCCAAACGGUCAAGCCAUAUCGCACCCGAACAUGUCUGGACCAACCGUGAUAUGGACCCGACUCCGGUCGAGGACCAAACAUGGACCAUCUGGAGCAUCAUGGCGUAUUGGGCAACCGAUACCAUCAACCUUGGCACCUGGGAAACUGCCUCGAGUAUCUUGGCCGUGGGCCUGAGUUGGCGCGAAGCCAUUCCGAUCAUGGUGGUCGGCACGUCUUGUGUUGCUGUGCCCAUGGUGCUCAACGGUGCCAUUGGCGCCAAACUCCACGUCCCCUUUUCCGUCAUUGCCACCAGCAGCUUCGGGUACUAUCUUCGGUACUUUUCUAUCGUCAGUCGUUGUAUUCUAGCCAUGUUCUGGCUGGGUAUCCAGGGCGCCAACGGUGCUCAAUGCAUUACUAUUAUGCUCCGCGCUUGGGCGCCAUCCUACAGUGACAUCCCAAACACCCUGCCAGAAUCGGCUGGUCUUCAAUCUGUCGACAUGGUAUCGUACUUUUUGUUCUGGAUCAUUCAGCUUCCACUUCUUUUGAUCCACCCCACCAAACUGCGAUGGAUCUUCAUAGUCAAGCUCAUCGGUGCGCCCAUUGCUGCCAUUGCUACCAUGGGCUGGUGCGUCCACAAGGCCGGCGGUGGUGGCGACAUCUUCGCCCUGAAGCCCACUGCCACCGGAAACGAGUACGCCUGGCUUUGGCUUUCCUGCAUGUCGAGCGUAACUGGGUCAUGGGCCACCCUAGCCGUGAACAUCCCCGAUUUCACCAGAUACGCCCGAUCUGCCAAGGGCCAGUUUAUUCAACUACCCUUUCUUCCCAUCAUCUUCACUGUCUGCGGAAUUCUAGGAAUUGUCACCACGUCGGCCACCAAGGUAUUUACCGGCGAAUACAUGUGGAACCCCCUUGACAUCAUUGCGCUGUGGUUGGAUUACGGCGCGGGUGGAAGAUGCGCGGCUUUCUUCGCAGCUCUCGCCUGGUAUAUCGCCCAGGUUGGCACUAACAUCACAGCGAACAGCAUCAGCGCUGCCAACGACAUGACAGUGCUGUUCCCACGGUGGAUCAACAUCAAGCGCGGAUGCAUGAUAGCCGCCGUCAUCGCCGGCUGGGUCAUGGUCCCCUGGAAAAUCCUCAGUUCUGCUACUACAUUUCUCGCCUUCAUGGGAGGCUAUGCCGUCUUCCUCGCUCCUAUGGCAGGUAUCAUGGCUGCCGAUUACUGGCUCGUAAAGAAGCAGCACAUUGAUAUCCCAGCUCUGUACAAUCCCCAUGGCCGAUACACCUACGUCGGGGGUUGUAACUGGCGGGCUGCGGUUGCCUUCCUUGUCCCGGUGGCUCCUCUGCUUCCCGGCCUGGGCCUCAGUAUCAGCGGCCCGGGGGCCGUACAUAUCAGUGAUGGGGCCAGAAACCUAUACACUUUCGACUGGCUCUUUGGGUUUGUGGUAUCCAUCUUCCUCUACACUGCACUGAGUUGGGUUGCCCCGGCCAAGGAGACGCUUCUCAAUGACACGGUAUGGGAUCUGGAUAGCGCGGCUAUUAACGCACAUCCACGGGGAAGCGACGUGGAAGGCCGUCCAGGAAAUUUCACCCCGACGGAGAAGAUGCCUGAGAAAACAGCUCAGUUGGAUGCCAAACCCUUCUGACCAUACACCGUUGCAUGGGCAAAUCGUAAAGAAUCGCAAUGUUAGUUAACGCACAGAAACUGAAAUGCCAAUUUUAUGUAGAAAGCAUUGGGAUUUAUCAGUUGCUUAAUCCAUAAUGAUCUGAAGG